GGGCCCCAGCUCGCGGCGGCCCCAGGGUCCCGGCGGGGCGCGCCCCGCGCCAGCGUCCCGCAGAAGCUGGCCGAGGCGCUGAGCAGCCAGUACGGGCUGGUGGUGUUCGCCGCGGGGCUGCUGCUGCUGCUGGCCUGGGCCGUGCACGCCUCGGGCGUGGGCAAGCGCGACCUGCUCUGCGUGCUCACGGCGCUCAUGCUGCUGCAGCUGCUCUGGAUGCUGUGGUACGUGGGCCGCAGCGCCGCGCACCGCCGCCUCAUCCGCCCCAAGGACGCGCACGCCGGCGCGCGCUGGCUCCGCGGUAGCAUGACAUUGUUGGCGGCCAUCACCAUCAUCCUGGGAUGCCUUAAAAUUGGGUACUUCGUUGGAUUUUCUGAAUGUUUAUCAGCCACUGAAGGGGUCUUCCCUGUCACACACGCGGCACAUACUCUGGUGCAGGUGUAUUUUCUUUGGGGGCACGCCAAGGAUAUCAUCCAGUCUUUCAAAACCCUGGAAAGGUUUGGGGUGAUCCACUCAGUGUUUACCAACCUGCUUCUCUGGACCAACGGUGUCCUGAAUGAGUCAAAGCACCAACUGAACGAGCACAAGGAACGUCUCAUCACGCUGGGCUUCGGGAAUAUCACAAUAGUCUUGGACGACCACACGCCUCCGUGUAACUGCUCACCCCCAACUCUCUGCGCCGCCGUCUCACACGGGACCUAUUACCUCUACCCCUUCAACAUAGAGUAUCAGAUCCUGGCUUCCAUGAUGCUCUACGUCCUCUGGAAGAACGUUGGACGCAAUGUUGAUGGUCAACAGCAUCAGAGCAUGCAGUUCAAGUUUCGCGAGGUCGUGGCGGGCCCGGCCCUGGGCCUGACCGUGCUGGCCACCACGAUUGGUGUGGUGGUGGUGUAUCUGAUUCAGAUCGGGUGCUCCAAAACCGAGAGCGAGUCGGCACUCAUCAUGUUCUACCUGUAUGCCAUCACCUUGCUGACGCUCAUGGGGACCGCCGGGCUGCUCGGAAUCCGCAUUUACAGGAUUGAUGAGAGAUCGCUAGAUGAGUCCAGAAGCCCGGCCCGCAAGCUGGACGCGGACCUGUUGGUGGGCACCGCCUCCGGCUCCUGGCUCAUCUCCUGGGGCUCCAUCCUGGCCCUCCUCUGUGCCGAGGCCUGUCCCCUCUACACCUGGUUCAACCUGCCCUACUCCGUGCUGGUGAUGGUCGAGAAAUACAUCCAGAACCUCUUCAUCAUCGAGUCCAUCCACAGACAGCCCGAGAAGCUGUCCGAGGACAUCAGGACCCUGCGAGUCGUCACGGUCUGCAACGGCGGUGUGUCCCUCUCCUCCUGUCUCAAGGGCACAGCUGUGGCCGGGGACGUGGCUUCCCCGGGCAGCGAGAUGACACCAUGCACAGCCAACGGACAUACGGGUCUGGGAGACGGCUGCGGCAGAGAGGGGGGCGAGGGGAGCCGGGAGGGGGCUCCAGGCCCAGCUGCCCGCCCCCGUUUCCUGCAAGGUGACCGCCAGAGAAGAGUCUUAAAGAACAUCACUGCCUUUCUGUUUCUCUGCAAUAUUUCGCUCUGGAUCCCUCCCGCCUUCGGCUGCCGCCCCGAGUAUGACAACGGACUAGAGGAGAUCGUCUUUGGCUUUGAACCCUGGAUCAUUGUGGUCAACCUGGCCAUGCCUUUUUCUAUUUUCUACCGGAUGCAUGCAGCUGCCUCUCUCUUUGAGGUCUAUUGUAAGAUAUAGUCUAUGUCCACAUCCACGCCCGAGGAAUGACCUAACAAGAGAAUUCACUGGAGCCACCUGGGAAUGGCCAGGCUGGGCAAAUACCACCUGGCAAAUGUGCAAAGGGCUGCCUUUGUCUGCAGUAAUUAUUUCCCAUGAGCCGGAGUUGUCUGUCAUGCUGGAUGUGUGUGAGCAAGUUGGAGCAUCACCGCGCAUUGUGAUCAAACCCAAAUCCCUUUCUCUCCUUUUAUUUAUUUAUUUUUUUGAGAGCGAGGGAGCACGAGCGGUAGAGGGAGAGAGACUCUUGAGCAGGUUCCGUGCCCGGUGCAGAGCUCGCCUUGGAGCCUGACGCAGGGCUGGAGCUCCUGACCAUGAGAUCAUGACCUGAGCUGAGGCAGGAGUCUGCCACUUAACCGACUGAGCCACCCAGACGCCCCUUCUCUCCUUUGAAACAGGACCCUCUGUAUUUGAAGAAUGUGAUCCCAGCUUGGGGGGAAAAUGGCAUUCUGUUUGUUUUUCAUAAACAUUGUUUUCUGGUAUCACAUUACUGCCUCUUGUGACCGUCUGCGCAGUACAGUCCUGCUUACAUCCUAUCCCUCCUAGAGCUGAUAAAU